AUGCUCGGCGUUCGUUGCACUGCGAGGGAUCUCCGCGCUGAGGAGCGAGGCAUCGGCGGCGGACACGAGCUGGAGCGCCCGUGCGUUGAUCAGAGCGCACAAAUCUGGCUCCCGGGGUCGAACGCCGACCGGAACAUCCCCGGCAUCGGCCUGCUUGAGGUCCUCGCGGCGUCGCUCUCCCGCCUCGACGAUGCCGUAGCUGCAGCGGCACCCCCGUGCGGCGCAGCCUGCCAGGACAGCCAGCGCGCGGCGCUGCAGGCGCUCUUCGCGGCCCUCGACGGCCCGAACUGGCGGGACGCGGACAUGCGGCGCAUCUGGCAGAGUGACAUCCACCACUGCUGCUGGCCCGGCGUGCAGUGCUGCGGCGCCGACGGCACGCUGCCGGUCGCCAUCCGCACCGACACCGAGAUCGUCGGCCUCGCCGACUCCGGCCCGAUCCGCUGCAUGCGCCCCGGCGCCGUCGUCACGCUCAAUCUCGACCGCGUGCGCGACUGCAGCAACAACCCCGCCGCCGCGCCCGUGCAGCUCCCGGGCGCCGCGCUCGCGCGGCUCGCGACGGGCCUCGAGACCCUCAACCUCGCCGGCCUGUGCAUCGGCGGGCAGCUCCCCGUCGAGCUCGCCGACGCCGUGCUGUUGCGCCUCCUCGAUCUCUCGAGCAACAGAUUCGAGGGGCCGCUCCCGGAGUCGGGCGAGCACAAGUGGAGCGAGCACGCCUUCCUCACCGACAUGGCCAUCCACCUGAACGGCUUCACCGGGUCGCUGCCGGACAGCCUCGGCAAGGGUGCGCACCGGCUGCAGCGGCUGGUGUUCCGGAACAACGACUUCGACGUUAUCCCUGCGUCCCUCGCGCAACUGCCCUAUAUGUCGGUUCUUGACGGAACGAACAACAACGUCGAGUUCGGCGUGAUCGACGCGCUCAACGUGCGCGAGGAGGACGCCCCGUUCCUGGAGCUCAACGACAUCAUCAUCAACCGCGGCGUCACCGCCAAGGUCUACCACCUGCGCGGCAACCGCAUCUCGGGCCGUCUCGACCCGGCCAUCUUCGCGCUGCCCAUCCGCGAGUACGACCUCGGAGACAACCGCAUCUUCGGGACGCUGCCCAAGACCCUCGGCACGCUCGGGACGCUCCGGAUCUUCGCUGCCGACGGCAACAACCUCACCGGCACCCUCCCGGACCCGCUCACGACCGCCUCGAUCCACCGCAUCCACCUCUCGCGCAACCCGCUGCUCACCGGGACGCUCCCCAAGUCGCUCCGCGACGCGCCUUUCCUGAGUCACUUCGACGUGUCCAAGACGCGGGUGUUCGGCGAGGUCCCCGACAACCUGGGGGACAUGGAGGACUUGCAGACGUUCGACGCGCGCGACACGCUGAUGACGCACAACCUGACGCGGCGGAACUCGCGCGGGGAGCUGCUGCCGGAGUCGCUGAAGUUCUGCGACACGUUUUUGGCGCAAAGCGGCGACGUCGACAACCUGCAGAUGUUUUGUCCGGACGUCGUCCCCGCGCGGCAGCAGGGGGCGCUCGAGCUGUUCACCGUGCGGCUCUCGCCGCUCUACUUCCGGUACGAGGGCUGCGUGUGCGCGUCCGGCUUCGUCCUGCGCCGCCGGCCGCUCACGGACGAGCAGCGGCAGGGCUUUGCGGAGGUCAGCACGUCCGGGGAGUCGGGGUGGGCGCCCGACGGCGACGUGGCGGCGUGGGACCGCGACUUCAUGCCGAAGGAGCGCUUCGGGUGCGUGCCGGAGCAGGACGAGGUCUUCACGACGCUGGAGCUGAUCGUGGUGGUGGCCUGCAGCGCCAUAGGUCUCUUCGUGGUGUGCUCGGUGGUGCUGGCGCUGCUGUUCUGGCGGCAGCUGCAGGCCGCGCUCCAGGACCGCAGGAAGCGCGCCGGGCCGCCGCCGGGCGGCCGCGACGUCACGCUCGUCCUGACGGACGUGGAGGACUCGACCAAGAUGUGGGAGGGCAACCCCAAGGACAUGGCAGUCGCCAACGCGCUGCACGACACGGUUCUGCGCAAGCACCUGCCCCGCUGGUACGGCUACGAGGUGUCGACGGAGGGGGACUCGUUCCUGCUGGCGUUCCACACCCCCAGCGACGCCCUGGGGUACUGCAUGAUGGUGCAACAGGCGCUGAUGACGACGCCGUGGCCCGAGAGCGUCCUAGCGCGCGAGUCCCGCGUCCGCCGCACGUCCGUCGGGACGGGCGAGAAGGUGCGCGGGGUGUUGCGCUCCGCCGACGGCGCCCCACCACAGGGGGCAGCGCAGGGCGAGGGGCCUGGCGCGCUAGGACGCAAGCAGUUCGCGAGCGACCUGCUCAGCGACGGACGUCUGCACUCGUUCGAGGCCGCCGGCGCGACGCGCGCCGCACCCGCUCCCGUCCCGGGCCUGACGUUCAAACCCCCCCCGGAGGCGAUUCGGCACGGCAGCCGCGUCGUGGACGACGAGGGGGUCGCCACGCGCGACGGGAACGAGUCGCCCGAGACGUCGCCCGGCUCGAACGAGCAGCCCGGCCCGCCUUCGCGCCCGCAGCCGCCGCGGAGGGAAGGCGACGUCUACUUCUGUGGCCUGCGGGUGCGCAUGUCGGUGGCGACGGCGCACGCGACGCAGACCGUGCACCGCAUGACGCGCCGGUUCGAGUACACCGGCCCCGUCUACGACCUCGUCAACGCCAUUCAGGACGUCACCAGUGGCGGGCAGAUCCUCAUGUGCGAGAAGUCUUACGAGUCUGCGAUUCCGCAUCUUGCGGAGACGGAGGACCGCAUCCGCGCCUCCGCGGUGCACCAGGCUCUCUUCUUGAUGCGUCGCGCGGCGCACAGCGGCCCCGCGCCGCCGGCGAAGCUCGUCAGUGCUGCGCCCAACAUUGGCCAGAGCGCUGCAGCGUUGCAGGUGGGCAAGUCUGGCCUGGACAGCGGCCGCGGCGGCCAUGGCGCGAUCCUCGAGGCCUCGAGCGGGCCCAGCGAGUCCGGGGCGCGCAGCCGCGCCACGACGGUCGCGGUAGAGGACAUGUCGAGGCUCGUGCUCGGUCCGCUCGGGAUGCCGCGGAGGGCGCGCGCCGCGCGGUACCGCUCCACGCGAGAGACGUCCGCGGACGAGGUCGACGAGCGCGACAGGAGCGCCGGCGCCAUCCGCGGCACGGCGUGGUCGUUGUCGGUGUCGCUUGCGCAGUCCAUCAGGCGCGUGGCCUCGUUCUGGCGCGGCGACUCGCUCGCACGGUCCGCCGGUGCGACGCACUUCUUCGAGAACGGCCGCGUGGCCGCGAACGCCGCCGCGCUCGAGUCGGCGCUGGCCGUGCUCGACAUGGGCGUGCACGCAGCCCUCGGGGCAAACCAUCGGCCUGUGCACCUGUUCCAGCCGCUCGUGCCGCAGCUCGAGGAGCGCGCGCGCUUGUUCAAGCCCCUCCCGGCCAGCUCGCUCGUCCUCCCGGGCUACUUCGACGCGCCCGGCACUCUGGAGACACCGCUGGUCUCGAGCAACCCCUGCGUGCACGGCGUGGCGUACAGCGCGUGCAUGCGCUGCAAGUCGCAGCUCGAGGACUUCCCCCUCGUCACCGUCGCGUUCGUCGCGCCCUGCAAGCUCGACGAGCUCUUCCGCGAGAGUGAGAGCGCCGCCAAGGACGCACUCAGGCUGUACAAGUCCGCCGUUCGGCGGCUGCUGCCCCGGUUCAGCGGGUACGAGUGCCAGGAGCUGACGGGGUCCUUCAUGCUCGUCUUCCACUGCACGAGCGACGCGCUCAUGUUCGGCUGGUCGCUGCAGCUGACGCUGCGCGACCUGGCGUGGCCGGCCCGCGUGCUCCGGACGACAAACGCGGGCGUCCAUGCGAACCCUGCCGACUACUUUGGCUCCGUCGUGAACCGCGCGGCGCGGAUCUGCUUCGCGGCGGCGCGCGCAGGGGAGGUCCUCGGCCCCGCUGCGCAGAUCGGGCGCGCCCUGGCGGUUCUGUCGCGCACCAGCGUCGGCGAGGGCCGCUUCGUCGACCACAACCUCCGCCGCCACGCAAGCCUCGACCUCGCCUUGGAGUCCCACGGGCUGAAGGCGUCCUCAGACGACGCCAAGCGGCGCUCCAACGCCUCGCGGGCAGACGCCGGCGCCGGCACUGGCACCAGCCAGGCCACCAUUUGCAACGUGAACGCGCAGCUCCUGCUGGACGUGUGUCAGGUGGACCCAGCGACUGUCGAGGUGACGGAGGGCGCCGCGGGCGCCGACGCCGACGCGCCGGACUGCAUCUUGGCCGGGGGGCCUGGCGAGCGCUCUGCGCCAAGGUCCACGUCGCGGGCAGGCAAGCACGUGGCCUUCCCGCCUGGCGGUGCAGACGGGCUUGGGAAUGCGCGGGUGCCGGACCGCGCGGCGUGCGACGGCGCGGGCGCGCUUCCGGAACAGGCGUCGCUGCCCGCUGGUGUGGUUGCCAGCGGGCGCUGGGUCUCAUUGACGGAGGCGAUGGCCCUGGACCACAUCGGCAGCUUCCGGCUCAAGGGCGUCGCUGGCGAGUUCGAGCUCGCCGCGCUGCGCAGUGCGUCGCGGCCGCCGCGCUCCGCCAUGCAGGCUGACAGCGCCAAGGCCAAGUGUCUGGGGCCUGCGAAGGGCGCUGUCCUGGAAGGCUCGCUGCGCGCGCUGGUCCCCGUGGGCAAGGCCGGGGAGCAGCGCGGCGCGAGCCACGACCACGGCACGAUCCGCGACAGCAACACCAACGGCAGCGUGACGGCCAGCAGCGUCGACGACGGGCGGCGCAUCGCCUGA